GCACUAUCCUGGUUGACAAUAUGCUGAUCAAAGGGACAGCCGGAGGGCCUGACCCCACCAUUGAGCUUUCCUUGAAGGACAACGUAGAUUACUGGGUGAUCCUCGAUCCGAUCCGGCAGAUGUUAUACCUGAAUAGCACCGGCCGAAUUCUGGACAGAGAUCCGCCGAUGUCCAUUCAGUCCAUUGUGGUGCAAGUCCAGUGUGUUAACAAAAAGGUUGGCACCAUUAUCAACCACGAAGUACGGAUUGUGGUGAGAGACAGGAACGAUAACUCGCCUCAGUUCCAGCAGCAGCGAUACUAUGUGGCGGUAAAUGAGUUGACUCCAGUUGGAACAACCAUCUUUACAGGAUUUUCUGGAAACAAUGGUGCUACUGACAUUGAUGAUGGUCCAAAUGGCCAGAUAGAAUACGUCAUCCAGUACAAUCCUAAUGACAAGACUUCCAACAGGACCUUUGAUAUUCCUCUCACUUUGUCUGGAGCAGUAGUUCUACGGGAGAGACUAAAUUAUGAAGAAAAGACUCGUUAUUUUGUCAUUGUUCAAGCAAAUGACCGAGCCCAAAAUCUUAAUGAGCGAAGGACAAGUACAACCACCCUGACAGUAGACGUGCUCGAUGGGGACGAUUUGGGACCAAUGUUUCUUCCUUGUGUCUUGGUGAAUAAUACUCGUGACUGUAGACCUCUCACCUACCAAGCAAGCUUACCAGAACUGACUGAUCCUGCACACGUGAAUCCCAUCAGUGUCACUCCACCCAUACAAGCCAUAGAUCAGGACCGAAACAUCCAGCCUCCUUCCGAUCGACCGGGCAUCCUCUAUUCCAUCCUAGUUGGUACUCCUGAGGAUUAUCCACAGUAUUUCCAUAUGAACCUCACAACAGCUGUACUGACACUCCUAAAGCCAAUAAAUAGGGAUUUACACCAGAAGUUUGACUUGGUUAUUAAGGCUGAACAAGACAACGGCCAUCCUCUUCCUGCCUUUGCCAGUCUCCAUAUUGAAGUCCUUGAUGAGAACAAUCAGAAGCCUUACUUCACAAGAUCUACGUAUGAGGGCUUCAUCCUUGAAUCCUCCCCAGUGGGAACGACCAUCUCUGAUAACCAGAAUCUGACUUCUCCACUCCAAAUCGUAGUGUUGGACAACGAUGUGGAGGAGACCAAGGAUCCCCAGCUCCAUCUCUUUCUGAACGAUUACAAUACGUUUUUCACUGUGACUCAGAGUGGCAUCACCCGCUACCUCACACUGCUGCAGCCUGUUGACAGAGAGGUCCAGCAGCUUUACACUUUCUCGAUGACAGCUUCUGAUGGUGUACAGGAGAGUGUCGCAGUGACAGUCAAUAUCCUGGUGAUUGAUGCAAAUGAUAAUUCCCCGACGUUCUCCAAUAUAUCAUACAAUGUCAAGAUUUAUACAGAUAUGAGGCCUGGGGAAGGCGUUAUAAAGCUCACCGCUGUAGAUGCAGACGAGGGACCCAAUGGACAGAUAGUGUAUGAAAUUUUGGCUGGGGAUAAGGGAGACUUCAUCAUCAAUGACCGAACAGGCCUUAUCACCAUUGCUCCAGGAGUUGUAUUGUCAGUGGGGCGAUCCUAUGCUCUCACUGUCAAAGCAUCUGAUAGUGCUCCUCCUGCGCAGAGAAGGUGGUGGAUUGACCUUGGCCAGCUGCCAGACACCCUCCCAGCCACUCUCUCGCUCUCCCUCCGCAACAGGACGGGGGAGAAAAUAAG